CGCAGAACUUCUUCCUUGAUCAGCUGACCGUGAGUGAGAUGCCCAGUUGAAGGACCUGUGAAUGUUAAACCUUAUAUUUUCCUCUUCAUAUAUGGAAAGCUGUGUCUGUUUCAUUGAGUUAAAUCCCGUGACCAUCGCGUUGAGACCGUCAGGCUCAUCGUGACUUCUCUCCACACGUAGCUGGGUGAACAAACUUCCUGAAAGCAGCCAUGACAGAAUUCUGGUUGAUCUCCGCUCCGGGGGAGAAGACCUGCCAGCAGACAUGGGACAAGCUCAUGGUGGCCACUACGCGGACCAGUAACCUGUCCACCAACCACAAAUUCAACAUCCCAGACCUUAAGGUUGGGACUCUUGAUGUGUUAGUGGGCCUGUCGGAUGAGCUUGCAAAGCUAGACACUUUUGUGGAAAGUGUGGUGAAGAAAGUUGCUCAGUACAUGGCCGAUGUUCUGGAGGACAGCAGAGACAAAGUCCAGGAGAACCUACUAGCUAACGGAGUCGACUUGGUCACCUACAUCACCAGAUUUCAGUGGGACAUGGCUAAAUAUCCAAUCAAACAAUCACUGAAAAACAUUUCUGAGAUUGUCUCCAAGCAAGUGACUCAGAUAGACAACGACCUGAAGGCCAGAGCUUCAGCCUACAACAAUCUGAAGGGAAACCUGCAGAAUCUGGAGAGGAAGAAUGCAGGGAGUUUGUUGACCAGGAGUCUGGCUGACAUAGUGAAGAAAGAUGACUUUGUCCUGGACUCAGAGUACCUGGUUACCAUGCUGGUGGUCGUCCCCAAGACGAACUACAUUGACUGGCAGAAGACGUAUGAGACGCUGGCAGAAAUGGUUGUACCUCGUUCCACUAAGCAGCUGUUUGAGGACAACGAUAGCGGCCUUUUCAGUGUGACGCUCUUCAGGAAGGCUGUGGAUGACUUCAGACACAAAGCCAGAGAAAACAAGUUUACAGUGCGCGACUUCCAGUACAACGAGGAGGAGAUGAAGGCAGACAAAGAGGAGAUGACCCGCCUGUCCACAGACAAGAAGAAACAGUUUGGUCCUUUGGUGCGAUGGCUGAAGGUGAAUUUCAGUGAGGCCUUCAUCGCGUGGAUUCACAUAAAGGCGCUGCGUGUGUUUGUUGAGUCAGUACUGAGAUACGGGUUGCCAGUUAACUUCCAGGCCAUACUGCUUCAGCCCAACAAGAAGAACAUGAAGAAACUUAGAGAGGUGCUGUAUGACCUGUACAAACACCUGGACAGCAGUGCUGCCGUCAUUGACGCUUCCAUGGACAUCCCAGGUCUGAAUCUGAGCCAACAGGAGUACUACCCGUACGUUUACUACAAGAUCGACUGCAAUCUUCUGGAUUUCAAAGUCUGAAAAUCUGGCUAUUACCUUAAUAUGCUGUAAUGUUUUGAUGUGACAUGCUUACUUUACAAGCUGUAAUUUAUUUUGUUCUGUCACCCGAUUUCCACCUUUUGUUUCCCAUUUUUGGUUUUCAUUCAAAUAUUUUCUUGUACAUUUCCAAGUGAAAACAUCAAGUAUGACUUCCUUGUAAGAAUACAAAAGUGCUCAACUCUACAGUUUUAUGUUGUUUGCUCUUUGCUCCUCGUUGUAUAUCCAUUGACUCUCAGGAGCACUGGUGACAUUCCCUAUUUACCUUGAAAAAGUGCAUUUUUAGUGGAGAAAUAAACAUGUGGAAGAUCUGAGAGUAUGGCUGAACACAGUGAAAAUUUAUCCCUCAGAAUAAGCAACCGUGUUUCUUUUUUCUUUGCUUUUUUCAAAUGUGUUGUGUUUAUUUAUCAAAAAUAGGUAUCUGUUUAUAUGUACAAUUAAAACACUGCAUUCCUUCUCUUGAUGUGAUCUGCGAUGCACUAAAUUGAUCAGUUUACAAAAGGGCAUUGAUGCUUCAUGAUUUCCUUUGAAGAAUAUCAACACUGGUUUGUGUGCUAAUGCUGUGUUGUUAGUGUGAAGGAAAAUAAACCACACGCUCAAAAAUUAAUGUGAAAAUAAAUUCAGUAUGUAAUA